AUGAUACACAAUGACACUGAGGACGACGAGAAUUGGGUUGCCAGCGACGACAAUGAAGAGGAGGCGCCAAUGAGGUGCAGCUUUUCUGUAGAAGACCUCCUGGAUGAAGUGGAGAAGAUUUGUUAUGACGCCUCAGGAACAUCUAAGGUGGAGAUGGUGGUGCGCCUCUGGAAGGAUGGCUUCACCGUCAAUGACCAAGAGUUUCGCAGCUACUCCAUCCCUGCAAACCAAGAGUUCCUGGAUGCUAUUAAAAGAGGGGAACUUCCGGCAGAGUGGGAGAGCCGAGCUGAGGAGGAGGAGCUGGAAGUCAAUGUGGAGGAUCUGACGGAGGAAGAGUACGUUCCCAGAAAGAAAGUUUUUCACCCUUUCAGUGGGCGAGGAUACCGACUUGGCAGCGUGGCGCCCCGAGUGGUGGCCCGCUCGCCGUCGGUGCACGAGGACGGCGAAUCUCCCCCCAUCCCCAUGGUAACCCUGGACCACACCCUGCCCGUCACCUCUCUGCAGCUGUGGUUGGCCGACGGCCGCAGGCUGGUACAGCGCUUCAACCUAUCCCAUCGGAUCAUGGACGUUCAUGAUUUUGUGUCACGUUGCCAGAGGAGUUGCCCGCCUUUUGUGCUCACCACGUCGCUUCCUGUGCGGGAGCUCAACAAUCAGGAGCUGAGCCUCGAAGCGGCGGACUUGGCUAACGCCGUCAUCGUCCAACGGCCCCUCAACACGCAUGCGCCCUUCGUGCCAUAA